UGGGCCCACGGUCCCGGUGCCUGAGGAGAUGUCUCUGGGUCGGCUCCUGCGGCGCGCCUCCUCCAAGGCCUCCGACCUCCUGACCUUUAACCCCGUGGGGGGCUCGUCAUCACGCUCAGGCCUUGACGGGGAGAUCAUCUUCUCCAAAAACAAUGUGUGCGUGCACCCCGCUGAGCCCCUGCCUGGCCUGGCAGAGCACCACCCAGGCUACCUGUGUGUGCACAUGGAGAAGGAUGAGAGCCUGGGCACCACGCUGAUCCUCACCUGGGUGCCCAACUCCCGCAUCCAGAGGCAGGAUGAGGAGGCACUGCGUUACAUCACACCGGAGAGCUCCCCCGUACGCAGGAACGCACGCCGCCGAGGCCGACGACCCCACUCCCGCCCCCCAGCAGCCGCGGAGGAGGAGGAGGACGAGGAGAGGAACAUUACCAGCACAGCCUGUGGAGAGAGCCCGAGCCUGGGGGUGGAGGCUGGCGUGGAUCCUCCUCCACACCAACAGCAGCUGCCCCCGGGCGGGGAGGAGGGCGACGAGGGCUCCUGUGAGCUGUCGGACGAGGUGAGCCGGGACAGCACCAUGGGCUCGGACUCGGACACCUUCUCCUCUCCCUUCUGCCUGUCCCCUGUCAGCGAGGCGCUCUGCGAGAGCAGCGGCUCUGUCUUCCUGGACAACGAAAGCAGGGAGCUGUGCGACGAGUCCAUGACCCACUCUGCAAGCUCCGCCUCCAGCCUGGACAGCCACGCCCCCUCAGAGACCAGCAGCCAAUCGCAGGGCGUGCGGUGGGAGGAGCAGCAGAAGGUGCUGGCUCUUGAGCAGUUGUGCGGAGUUUUCCGGGUGGACCUGGGUCACAUGAGGUCGCUGAGGCUCUUCUUCAGUGAUGAGGCAUGCACCAGUGGCCAGCUGGUGAUAGCCAGCAGAGAGAGCCAAUACAAGAUCCUCCACUUCCAUCAUGCUGGUCUGGACAAGCUGGCUGAGGUCUUCCAACAGUGGAAGUGUUGCAGGGAGACACAGCUCAAAGAUCAGGUUUCAGAUGAGAAGUCCUGUAUGCAGUUCUCCAUCCGCAGGCCCACGCUGCCCUCGGCUGAGACCCACCCAGAGGAGAAGCUUUAUCGACGGCUGGACGUCACCACCUGGCUACGCCACCUCAAUCACAAUGGACAGGUGGAGGAGGAGUAUAAGCUACGCAAGGCCAUCUUCUUCGGUGGUAUUGAUCCAUCCAUCCGUGGCGAGGUGUGGCCCUUCCUGCUGCACUACUACAGCUGUGACUCCACCUCCCAGGAGAGAGAGACGUGGAGGCUGCAAAAACGCACACACUACCACGAGAUCCAGCAGAGGAGGUUAUCCAUGAGCCCGGAGGAGCACAGUGAGUUCUGGAGAAAGGUCCAGUUCACGGUGGAUAAAGACGUGGUGAGAACAGACCGCAGCAACCAUUUCUUCAGAGGAGAGAAUAACCCCAACGUCGAGAUCAUGAGGCGAAUCCUGCUCAACUACGCAGUGUUUAAUCCAGACAUGGGCUAUUGCCAGGGCAUGUCUGACCUGGUCGCCCCCCUGCUGACGGAGGUCCAGGAUGAAAGUGACACCUUCUGGUGCUUUGUUGGCCUUAUGGAGAACACCAUCUUCAUCAGCUCACCACGGGAUGAAGACAUGGAGAGGCAGCUGAUGUACCUGCGGGAGCUGCUGCGUCUCAUGCUGCCCCGCUUCCACCAGCACCUGACCCGGCUGGGGGAGGACGGCCUGCAGCUGCUCUUCUGCCACCGCUGGAUCCUGCUCUGCUUCAAGCGAGAGUUCCCAGACGUUGAGGCCCUGCGCAUGUGGGAGGCCUGCUGGGCGCACUAUCAGACGGACUACUUCCACCUGUUCCUGUGUGUGGCCAUCAUUGUACUCUAUGGGGACGAUGUGACAGAACAGCAGCUAGCCACUGACCAAAUGUUGCUCCACUUCAGCAACCUCUCCAUGCACAUGAAUGGAGAACUGGUGCUACGCAAGGCCCGCAGCCUUCUUUACCAGUUCCGCCUCCUACCCAGGAUCCCUUGCAGCCUACAUGACCUUUGUAAACUGUGUGGCCCGGGGAUGUGGGACAGCCGCUACAUCCCCACUGUGGAAUGUUCUGGUGAACAUCCAGAUUCACAGAGCUGCCCCUAUGGAGGCACCUCCACCCCACAGCCCUCUUCGCCCUCCCCAUCACACACACCCUCGCCCUCACCAAACCUCACACCCACACCCCCGCCAGAGGGCAAGAAGGGCUCCAAAACCCGGGACAUUUUCAACUUCCGGAAGCAGUCCUGAGGAGGAGAUUUUGGGGAGGCUUUGCUGGGUGUCAGCUGAAACUAGGACAGCAUCGCCAGGAUCCACCUCUUGGAUUCCUGGAUUUGCCGCCUCCUGGCUCCUCUCUCCGGCGCUUCUAGUUUGCAGUCACUGUCUCAAUAAGGAAUUAAGUCACGUGAUCUUUUCAUGUAUUGCAAUGUGGAACACCUCCUUAUGAGAACGUAUCUGUAACAUUUAGCGCCGAUGGCUGUAAGGCACAGUGAGGAUGCUUUGCUGUUGAAGUCAAGAGGCUGCUUCCCUUCUGGAGGAGAAUGGACAAUCACCAGCCACUGUGUUGGUCUGGAGCAAUUUCAGGUCCCAGUCUGCUAUUAACUUGGCAUACUUCCAAUGGCUUCAUGGGAAGAGGUUGCGUUUAGGGUCUGAGGCUACUGGACUGAAUUCAUGCAAACUCUUUCAAGGGUCAAUUGAGACUGGAGAUUCAUUCACAGGACUUGAACUUGAACUUUAAAAUGUUCCUGGGCUCACAAUGGAAUGUUUGUUUGAAUUCAAAUCAAAUUAUGUGUGCAUAUCUCAAGUCUGAGGAGGACACAGACCUUUUUGACAUGAAAUCCAAAACCCUUGAUGUAGACAAAGAAGGGUUAACCCACAAAUAAGAUUAUCAUGAAUUGUUGGUACUUUUAAGUUUGGUCAGUUUAUUUUUUCAGAGUUAACAAGUGUAUGUUUUUUUUUUUUUUUUUUUUUUGUUUACAUCAGCAAUGACAACUAUUUAGCAAUAUUAUAUAGUUAUAUCCUUGCAUGAGCAAUUCUUUACAUAUAGAGGGCAUAACUUGUUUGUAGAAAAACACUUAAGACCAAAACAGAGGUAAGAAUGUGUUUACACAACUAGCGCUCACAUCAGGAUAGGGCUCAGCGUAUUUCCUUAUCAGAUUGUGGUAAGGAACUUUCUCAUCAUUUCUCUCUGUAUCAAAUGGCGCUUAGCGUCAGGCAGGAGGAAGCUAGCUGCAAGUUUCCUUUUGAUCAAGCGAGAUAUAAAUGAAUACAUUACCUGUCGAAGCAAUAGGAGCUGAAAUAUGAAGACUGAGACAACACAUUACUGCAGAAAGUCUGAUGAACGAGCGGAGAUACAAAGGAAUAUCCUGUCUGCGGUGCUGGAUGGAUGUGACACCAUUGUCAGCCAAAGAGAGCGUGAAGGCAUGGAUCAUGCUUACAUCUCGACAGAGAAAUCAAUGGGCUCCUGUUUUUACUUGAAGUUUUGUCUUCUGCGUUCAAUCAUGUUAAGACAGGGUUGUGAAAAAUCAACGGCAGUGUUAUUGUUUCCCCCCUCCGUAGCAUUCUUUCCACCUUCACUUUCAAAUGAAUGGCAAUGUCAAGAACGCACUAUCAACACUAAACCAAGAGAAUCAGUCCACAUGAAUGUAUUUGUUCUUCGCUUGUCGCUUGUUUCUCACUCCACUGAACUGUGUGCUUCACUUUGUGUGUGUGUGUGUGUGUGUGUGUGUGUGUGUGUGUGUGUGUGUCUGUGGGUGUGUGUGUAAACUGGAGUGACCUCCAAACAUCUGGUAAUGAGCUGGAGAACAGCCUUAGAAGGCCUCCCCCUGACCAAUCUCCUUAAUUAUACCACUCAUCAUGGAGAGAACCGGGGAGAGAAAGAAGAGAGAGAACAGCCAGUGGUUUAGACUCUCCAACUUCCACUGCUGAGAAAAGAAGACGGAAGAGAGAUGGAGAGGAAGAGGGGACUAUUUCACAGGGUAAUUUUACAAGCUAUAGGCUUGACAGUGAAGUACAGCAAUCUGCAUCUUGCUGCUGUGAUUUUUAAGUCCCAGUUGGAAAGAUGGCCUCCACUUUGAGACAUUCCCGGGAGGGCUUUUGAGUGACACUCCUGGGGGGAAAGACAUCUUCAAAUUGCUGCUAAAAGGUAACAUUAGGAUCUCAAAUCCCCCUUCCUCCACCUCCCUCUCUUGCUUUCUCUCUCAAUAUGCAGCCUCUGCAAAUGACAUACAUUACUGGUCCUUUUCCCUAUUAGUUACCAUGUGCAGCUGCUUGCUAAAAAUGCCUGGAGAGUUUUGGAGAUUGGGCGGCAGCUUUAGAGUGCUGUGCAAAUGGAAAGUAACUGUGCAUGUGUUUGUGCGUGUGUGUGUGUGUGCGUGGAAGCCCUCAUGGGCCCAUAUGAAUUUUAUUAAAAAGUUUAUUGAAAUCACAUUAUCUGCACACACACACACUGUAAGUCAUGAGCUUCAUUAAUUGCUACUCCUAUUCGAAGAGGUUGUGAUCAGUGAUCACUGAAUGUACAAUAUUGCUGUCCAGUUCUAUGAUAAUGUAUUGCUGUACACAUUAAUGAAAAAAGAGGCUAUUCUAAUUCUGGGUAUUAAUAAAAAAUAUGAUUGU